AUGAUAACAGGACAGAUGAACCUUCUUGCUGGACCUGAGCUCAUUGCAGGUUUCUUCAAUUGGGGAUUGCUCGGGGUGCUGAAUACACAAGUGUAUCCAUGGUCUUUCAAAUUGAUGGUAUACGGGACAUUGAUCUUCGAAUGGGUCCAUACGGGGCUGAUCACCUCUGGCAUGAUGACCAUCUUCGUCUAUGACUUCGGGAACCCCGAGCCCGCGUUGGAAACGCACAAUACUUGGUUCUCAGGGCCAAUCAUGUGCGGUCUCAUGUCAAUGCUAGUGCAGAUGUUCUUUGCUUGGCGGAUCUACAUGUUCUCGAAAUCGUACUGGAUGUCUGGAGCUAUUGUCAUGAUCUCACUCGUGCAGGGAACAUUUGCGAUUGUAGCCGGAGUCAUGCUGAAAUCAAUAACUCGAGUGGAAGAUGUUCUUCACGGAGCUGUGUUCUCCCUCAUUGUUGUAUGGAUCUCUGUGGCUGCUGCAGUCGAUAUCGUAAACGCCAUCAUCAUGACCAUCCUGGGUUCGGGUAACUGA